CCCCUGCCUGCUGCUGUUGGUAUUGCACUGCUGUUGUCAACUCGAACUCACAUAUUACACCGUGGGCGCAGUCCUCCGGUUCCGCAGGUCUGGUACAUUAUCCACCGGGUAUCCUCACCGUCGAAUUUCGGCAACAGUUCGGUGCGGACGGGGAGCUAGCUAUGUCUUCGAUUUUCGAGGCCUACGACGAGGAGUUCUUGGCUCUCACCCACGACAUCGGCAACAACAUCAGCCACCUGAACACCUACGAGACGGACGCUGGGAAAAAACGAACGCAGUUGACGCACGUCGAUGCCCUCGUGGGGCAGGCCGGGGAUCUGCUUAAGCAGAUGGAGAUCGAAGUCCGCAGCACGCAGGAUGCCGCAACCAAGAAAGAGCUGCAGGGCAAGAUCGCCAGCUACAAGAAGACGCUGCAGUCUUUGCGAGGGGACUACCAGCGGGCUGUCGACAAGCAAGAGCGGGAGGGGCUUCUGGGAGGGAGAGAGGCGGCGUUCGCGCAGGGCGGCGCCUCGCAGGAGCAGCGGGAUCGUCUGCUGCAAACAACCGACCGCUUGGACGGGCAGAGUCGGCGAUUAGAGGAAAGCAAGAGAACCAUGAUGGAGAUUGAGGACACCGCGAUGGAAAUCACGACGGAGCUGGGACGGAACCGAGAAAAGAUCGGAGAGGUGCACGACAAGGUGCGGGAGACGAAAUCAAACCUAGACGAGGGCAAGGGCAUCCUCGACAAGAUGAACGGCUGGUUCCGCAAUCUGUAAACGUUCACGAACCGUCGUGCCGAACCGCGCCGCGCCGCGCCGCGCCGCGCCGCGCCGCUGAACCGACCUGUAUUCGGGUGCGAAUCAUUAUCUGCUGGGAUUUGUUGGCGUCGCCCUUUGCGCCGGUUGUAAAUAUCUUGGUGGUGCGACCUCCCUUACGGCUUGUUCCGCCGAGAAGGUCGAUGUGCAGUGUGAUGUUUCCGUAGAUUUUUCGAAUCUCACUCUUUUGGGGGUUGCUGUAGAUCUGCGAACGUUUCCCGAAAGAGUUGAUACGUAUAAAAUUCUUCUUUUUUUUUUACGUUUCACAGAUUGCGCCUGCGCAGCAUUCUUCUACCUGCCUAUGUUUUUGUGUCAGCUUCUCGCGCGCUUUCCGCGCAGCCUGUGCAAGCAAUACGCACUAGCCUUUGCUUGGAGGACUUGAGAGUGAUACCCUAUUUUGUUUUGUCCAAGGAAAAAGCGUUGUGGUUUUAUGUAGGCGGAAAACCAAGCUUGAAGGUUUUACCCUCUUCAAGUACGGUCGUUUAUCGCAAAUGUGUUUUAUUUGCUGUUUUAACACACCCCUCAAUAGAUGUCAUGGGGUGUUUUGUUCUGUGCAUUCUGGUUGGCUCUGGUAAGUAAACUUAAGUACAUGUGUUCGACACAGCGCCACAAUUUUAGGUAUUGAGCCCCAUGUAACAGUGGUUAGCUUUCGAGAGUACGUCCCUGAGUUAGGUUGUUGUUGCACAGCCUCCCUUCCGACCGAGGGCGAACAACAUGUGCUUUGUUUCGACUUGCCUCGCUGUUGCCAGCCGAGCUUAAGUGAGCUGAGCAAUGACGGCGCCUGAUUGGCUCGCUUUUGCUGAAUGUGCAGUCCAUGGCAUCGGCCCCUGAAGAAAUCUUGGGGGUGCGUGUGACGUUUGUUGGAGUUUGAUAGUCACGCCGUCCUGCUACAAAGCCUUGCCCGAAAAGGUGGGCAGAUCGUCACGUAUAUCUGUGUUGGAGUGUUGGUUGUCGUGGCUUUAUGCCCUCUAAGGACAUUACCGUGAGGUUGGAU